CCUUCGUUUUAGGAGAAGUUUUCGUGUCGCUCCUCUCCAGCGGCGGCAGCAGCAGCGGCAGCAGCGGGGGGCGGAGGACCCUCCAGCGGACACAUUUCUGCUGCUUCAACGCGUGAAUAAAACACUCCAGAACCCUGGACAGACUCUAUAUACCGGGCAGUAUUUUUUUUUAUCCAGACGGGGAACACAGCUAUUUUAUCGGCUGCGGACGAAAUGAAGCCAAAAUUGCCUGCCAAGCUGUCAAAUUUGCAACCAGAGUCUCAGCAGUAAAGACCAGAGGCGGAGCCAGACUCACCGACUCAUUUGAUAGACCCACCCCCUUCUCCCAGACCAAGCGUCUCAGACUGCCUUCACUGAGUUUACAGUGGAGCCUAAAGGACCAGACACAGAGCGGAUUCUCCUCUUUGUCCACAGGUAAGGGGGUGCCAUGCCAGCCGCUGCUCCCCUGCUGCUCCCCCGCACCUUCUGGUGGUGGCCUCCAGUGCUUCUUCUCCUGUGGCCCCCACUGCCCCUCGCCUUGGGCCACUCCCUGCGGAGCACCUCUUCCUCCUCCAGUCCCCAGAUUUCAACUUCGCUCCAUGACUCCCGGCUCAACCACCUCCUGCUGGACCCCACCUCCAGCAGCAUCUACGUGGGGGCCGUCAAUGCCCUCUAUCACCUCUCUCCAGACCUCCAGCUACUCUCAUGGGGCAAAACAGGGCCCAAGUUGGACAGCCCUGACUGUUUGCCUCCUAUAGACCCUCUGGACUGUACCCAAGCCAAAUACACAGACAACACCAACAAGCUUCUCCUGCUGGAGGAGCAGGAUGCCGGCGGUGGGCCCCGGAGCCUGAUCGUCUGCGGGACUGUCCUGCAGGGCAUCUGCGAGAAGCGCAGCCUGAGGAACGUCUCGGAGGUGCUCUACCAGACGGCCAACCCUGUGGACACGCAGUAUGUUGCCGCUAAUGAUCCACGCGUCUCUACUGUGGGCGUGAUCGUGGAACAAAAAGGAGUGGGGCUCAUGUUGGUGGGUCGUGGGUACACAAGCAAAGGGCCAGGUGGGAUUCCUCCAAUCACAGCGCGCCGCCUGGCACCUCAUCUCUCAGCCCCUGCCUUCUCCCACGAGGAACUGGGCAAGCUGGUGGUUGGCAGCUACUCGGAAUACAACAACCAAUUCGUGAAGGCCCUACACCAUGACAAACACAUCUACUUCCUGUUCUCACGCCGCAACGUCGAGGGCAACCGAGAGUACCGGACGUAUGUUUCACGAUUAUGUGCAGGAGACCCCAGCUUCUACUCUUACGUGGAGGUCCCGCUGGAGUGCAAUGGAGGGAACAACCUGGUGUAUAACCUGGCCCAAUCAGCUGCUCUGGGGAACCACCGAGGAGAGCCUGCCCUUUUUGUAGCCAUGUCAGUUGGGCAGGCUUCCACCCCCACACCCACGUCACGCUCGGCUCUGUGUGUUUAUUCCAUGAAGGACCUGAACCAGGCGCUGAAGAAGGCUCAGCUUUUAUGCUAUACGCAGGAAGGAAAAAGAACUGGGACCAAUGAUGCCUAUGAUGCCUACAUCGAGUAUGAGGUGUCUUCCAGGUGCCUGAAGCUUCCUUCGGAUUCUGUAGAUGAGUACCCAUGUGGAGGUGAACACACCCCCAGCCCCAUCGCCAGUGCUCUGCCCCUCCAUGCCACGCCCGCCAUCACCAGGACAACACAGGUCACGGCCGUUGCUGUGGCAACCGAAGCCGGACACACCAUCGCGUUCCUGGGGGACAAAAGUGGACAGCUGCACAAGGUGUUCCUCCACGCCAAUGGUACAGGUGCUCUCUAUGACUCUGUGGAGGUGGACGGUCAAAGCCCUGUCAAUGCUGACCUCCUGCUGGACUCAAGUGGACGGAACAUUUACGCCCUAACCGAGAGAAAGGUAACAAGGCUCCCUGUGGCUCAGUGUGAGAGGCAUCUCGACUGUUAUUCCUGUCUGUCGGUGCGAGACCCUUACUGUGGCUGGUGUUCACUAGAGGGCAGGUGUACACGGAAACUAGAAUGUGCCCGCCACUCCCAGACUCACCACUGGUUGUGGAGUUAUGGCCACGAUCGGCAGUGUGUCUCCAUCCAGAAUCUGGAUCCUGCCAUCCAGAGCCGAGAAGAGCAGACUCAGGUCUCUUUCACCGUGCUGCAGUUGCCAACUCUCUCCGAGGACGAAGCUUUGUCUUGCGCUUUUGGGAUCCUGCCCGUUCAACCUGCUGUUGUCAAUGAAAACAAAAUAACCUGUCAGUCACCCCCACCCAAGCUCCUCCCCUCGACCCCACGAGGCAGUGAUCAUCUGACAGUAAGGAUGGCGCUGAUGUUUGGAGAAGUGACAGUCUCUCACACAAACAUCACUUUCUAUGACUGCAAGGCUGUCGGCAGGCUGAACGCUACCUCACCGUGUAUGGCGUGUGUGAGCAGUGUGUGGCCGUGUCACUGGUGCGCUCGAGAUGAACUCUGCACUCACAAUCGCAGCUGCCCCCAGCAGCACAUGAUCUUCAACAGCAGAGAGCAGGGAAAGCCUCGUGGUGCAGAAUCGUGUCCGUGUGUUUGGGCCCUGGAAAGUUCUCCACUGAUUCCGGUGGGGUUUGACACGCAGCUCUCUCUGCAGGGCAAAAACCUGGACAUAUUCGAGGAUGAAGAAGACUAUAACUGUGUGGUGGUGAUCGAAGGUCAGGAGUUGAUGUUGCCUGCCAUAUUGGACAGGAGCAGAGAGACAGGCUCGCAUAUGUUCAAGUGUUCCACCCACAAGUUUGAGUACACAGUGAAGCAGUUGGAGUAUUUGGCUCCAGUAUACCUGCAGAGAGGCUCUCAGCGUAUAGACUCCGCCCCACACCUGCGCUUGCAGCUGUAUAACUGCUCUAUAGGUCAGUCAGACUGCAGUCAGUGCCGGGCUGUAUCAGAAGCGUAUGGCUGUGUGUGGUGUGGGGGGGACGCUCCGGGCUGUGUGUUUAACCAGUCCUGCUCCACUGCGGCUGUGGAGACCUGCCCACCUCCACUGAUCACUAAGGUCCACCCACUGACUGGCCCUCUGGAGGGAGGGAUUCUGUUGACUAUUCGGGGCUCCAACCUGGGCCAGCAUUAUCAGGAUAUCCAGGCUGGAGUGACCGUGGCUGGAGUUACCUGCAGACCCCUGCCUGAGGCCUACCUCAUAUCCACCCAGAUCGUGUGUGAGCUGCAGCCGGCUGCGCAGGUCACCGCUGGUUCCGUGGUGGUGACUGUAGGUGAUUCAGAAUCGGGCCAUUCUCCUCAGACCUUCACCUAUCAGGAUCCCCAGCUCACCCGCAUCGUUCCUAACAAAGGCCCCAUGGCUGGAGGCACGAGGAUCACUGUGCACGGCUCUCAGCUCCUUACGGGACAGGGCACUGACCUGCGGGCAUUUGUGGGCUCCCAGCCUUGCCACAUAAUGGAUGGAGUGAGUGACACCCAGCUGGUCUGCCGCACCAGCCACUCCAACCAGACUGCAGGAGUGUCUGUCAGAGUGCUGUUCGGACGUGCGGAGAGGACUGUGCAUAAUGUAGUGUUUCGCUAUCUGGAGGACCCAGUUAUCACUGACGCCACUCCUGCGGAGAGCUUCUAUGGGGGCGGACGUAACAUAACAGUUACCGGACAGAACCUAGAUGUAGUCCAGCAGCCCAUGAUGUCCAUCCUCUUUGAGAUGGCAGGAAAUGGCCUGGUCAGGAAACGGCGGUACAGUCAUGUCUCAGCCCGGAACGUCCUCUUCAACAGCAGCAUGGAAACGAGAAAGGGUCAGUGUGUUAGUUUUAGUUCAGAGCAGAUGAGUUGUCAGAGUCCUCCGGUGCCGCGUGGCUGCCGGGUGGUCAGAGUUUGGUUUGAGAUGGAUAACGUGCACGUGGACUUUGAGAGCAUCAAGGGAACGCCGUUCACGUACCAACCGGACCCAGAGCUAUACCAGCUGAACCGCGAGGACCCGGGCAACCCCAUCCGCUUCAAACCUGGGGGAGUCCUGGCUGUGGAGGGCAAGGGUCUGACUCAGGCUAUGAGUAAGGAGGAGGUGGCAGCCUGGCUGGGAGAUAAGGAGUGUGAUGUAAAGACUCUGGAUGAAACUCACCUGUACUGUGAACCUCCUGAAGAACAGCCGCUCAGUUUGGACCACUUAGAGCUGCCCAGCUUAAAGGUGGUGAUGGGGAAGCUGGAGUUUAAUCUGGGAACAGUGCAGUAUGAUCUCGGUAAUCACUCCGCCAUGCCUCUGGAGGCUCAGGUGGGGCUGGCGGCCAGCGCGGCUGUGGUGGUCCUCAUCGUCCUGGUCAUCAUCCUCAUGUACAGGAGGAAGAGUAAGCAGGCAAUGAGAGACUAUAAGAAAGUUCUGGUUCAGCUGGAAACUCUGGAGAUCAACGUUGGAGACCAGUGCAGAAAAGAGUUCACAGAUCUGAUGACUGAGAUGAUGGACCUCAGCAGUGACGUUGGGGGUCCAUGCAUACCUUUCCUGGACUACCGCACGUAUGCAGAGCGCAUUUUCUUCCCCGGCCAGAGAGGGGCGCCACUGAGUCAGAACCUGGACCUGCCGGAGUCUCGCAGACCGACGGUGGAGCAGGGCCUGGGUCAGCUCAACAACCUGCUGAACAACCGUCUCUUCCUCACACGGUUCAUCCACACCCUGGAGGAGCAGCAGAACUUCUCGCAGCGUGACCGCGGCUACGUGGCCUCGCUCCUCACCAUGGCUCUCCACGACAAGCUGGAGUACUUCACCGACGUCAUGAAGACCCUGCUGGGGGAUCUGGUACAGCAGUACGUGGCCAAGAACCCCAAACUGAUGCUGCGCAGGACGGAGACAGUGGUGGAGAAGAUGCUCACGAACUGGAUGUCCAUCUGUCUCUACUCAUUCCUGAAGGAGGUGGCAGGUGAGCCUCUGUAUAUGCUGUAUAGAGCUAUAAAGUAUCAGGUGGAUAAAGGCCCAGUGGACGCUGUGACGGGGAAAGCCAAGCGCACGCUUAACGACAGCCACCUGCUCCGAGAGGACAUCGAUUACUGCUCUAUAACUCUGACGGUGCUGGUUAAGAGUGGAAUGGAGGUCCAGCCGUGUCCGGUAAAGGUUCUGGAUACAGACACCAUCACCCAGGUGAAGGACAAAAUUCUGGACCAGAUCUACAAAGGAGCUCCGUUCUCACAGAGGCCCUCCGCUGACUCACUGGACCUCGAGUGGCGCUCGGGGCAGGCGGGUCACCUGACUCUAUCCGAUGAUGAUGUCACCGCCAUCGUGCAGGGUCACUGGAAAAGGCUCAACACUUUGCAGCACUACAAGGUGCCUGACGGAGCCACGGUGGCACUUAUCCCUCGCUCGAGUUCUGGUAUUUUAAGCAUCAAUCAGAUCUACCAGACUGGAGAAAAGACGCCCAUGUUAGAGGGGGGAGAGGACGAGGGUCUGCGUCUGUGGCACCUCAUAAAGUCCAGCGAGGAACCUGAAAUCCCCAAACACAGGAAGAGCAGCAUGAGAGAGAGGGAGCGUGCUAAAGCUAUUCCUGAGAUCUAUCUCACACGCCUGCUCUCUAUGAAGGGCACGCUGCAGAAGUUUGUGGAUGAUGUGUUCGUGGCCAUCCUGAGCACAAAGCGUCCUCCUCCCAUCGCCGUCAGGUUUUUCUUUGAUUUCCUCGACGACAUGGCGGAGAAGCACGGCAUCGAUGACCCGGAGACUGUACACAUAUGGAAAACUAACAGCUUACCUCUGCGCUUCUGGGUGAACAUCCUGAAAAACCCUCAGUUUGUGUUUGAUGUGCAGGUGAUGGACAGCGUGGACGCCGUUCUCUCCGUCAUCGCUCAGACCUUCAUUGACUCCUGCACCACCUCCGAGCACAAAGUGGGCCGGGAUUCCCCUGUGAAUAAACUGCUGUACGCCAGAGAAAUCCCUCGAUACAAACAGCUCGUGGAGAGGUACUACAGUGAUAUUCACAGUGCUGCGUCUGGGUGCUAUCAGGAGAUGAACUCCAUGCUUACUGAAUUAUCCGGGAGUUUUGCAUCGGAGAUGAACAGCUUGGUGGCUCUGCACGAGUUGUACAAGUACAUCAACAAAUAUUAUGAUCAGAUCAUCAUGGCUCUGGAAGAAGACGCCGCGGGGCAGAAAAUGCAGUUAGCGUACCGGCUACAGCAGGUCGCCGCCCUGGUGGAGAACAAAGUCACUGACCUUUGAACUCAGGAGACCCUGAACCUGUGAGAGGGUCUUUGAAGAGCUCGCCGCAGCUGAGAGAAGCUCGGCGCUGCGCGAAAUCCGAUCGACCGGAGAAAUCCAGCCCCCAAUUCCUGAAACACACUUCCACAUCCCGCGCCUCUCGGGAAUUCUUAACAAAAGGGAAAAAGCGGUGCAAAGGUGACGGAUUGGAUGUUAAAGCCUGGAGGGGGUGGGGGUGUGGUCACACGGGGUGUGGGAUUAAAUAGCACAAAUGAGAGGGGUUUCUACUGCUAUAAGCACACUGAACUGAUUAUUUUAUUUUAUUUUAUUUUAUUUUAUUUUUUACGACUAAUGUUGCGUGCUGUGCUGCGUUUGAUGCGCGAAUGUGUGUGUGUGUCUCUCUCUCUCUCUCUCUCUCUGUCUAUCUGUCUGUCUGAGUGUAUGUACAUACACUAUAGUUUCCUCUGUGGCUAUAAAUUAAUUGCAUUUCAUUUCCAACAUUCAAGCUUUGAUUCAGGAUGUGUACCCCAGGCCUGCUCUUAGUGUCUGUACUGAAGUAGCUGUUGCAUGAUUAAUGACAGGUUGAGGGAAUAUUUUCGUGCUUUUUUCGGAUGAGCGAUAUGGAAUAUUCAUUGGAUAGCUUUUCCCUUUUUUUUUACGUUAGCGUUUUUAAAUUGCAGAUGAAUCCAGUCAUAUCUAAUCACGAAUAACAAGCACAAGUGCCAUAACAAGUGCAAAGCAGCACAGUCAUUACAGCACAAGGUGUGUGUGUGUGUGUGUAUGUUUGCAUGAGGGGCUGUGUGUAUGUGUGUGUAUGUGUGUGAGUGUGUAUGUGCUCUUAAUUACGCCACUUUCUGCGGUGAAAAUCUGUAGAUCUCAUUUUUAUGGUUUCCUAUUUUUAUCAGGUUUUAUGGGUUUAAUGGAAUGGAUGCACUAAAGGACAGUACUGAAAAGCUUGCAGUUGGGAAAUUACACUGUUUUUCUGAAGUAAUUAUUAUUAUUAUUACAACCCCAUAUCUAAAAAAAGUUAGGAAAAAUGCAAAUAAAAUAUAAAAUAAGUGUUCUUUUACUUUUAUAACACUGCAGACAGUAUGAACCCAACCCAAAAUAUUUAAUAUUUUAUCUGACCAGCUUAAUUUAAUAAAUAUAUAUACCAGCAUUUCAGGACUGCAACACAUUCUUAAAAAAUAAAGUUGAGGAAAGUUGACUGAAGCAUUUCUCUCUUGCUAAUGUCCACAUUUUGACUCUCAGUAUUAGAGGUGGGCAAUAUGGCUCUAAAAUAAUAUCUCGAUAUUUUAUUGUAUUUUCACAGUAUGAUACUCUUGCCGAUAUGACAAAACACUGAAUUUAUCACUGAAAAAAUAUUUAAAGAAUACACUACUGCAACAAAAUGAAAAUUAAAUUGUAUUAUUGCGUACGAUAUGAUAUGGCACACCCCUAACUGAGAUAUUAAAAAAUACAAGAAUUCUAUCAGAUUUGUAACAGAAGUCAAUGAUACAGAAUGUCAUGAUACUAAAAAUAAUGCACUUCUCCAAACAUCUCCAUAUAUCCAGGAUUAAAGUAAAAUAAAUGAUACUGGACAGAUAUAAUCUCUCUAUAUAGUCUCUAGUAUAUAUAUAAUGGGAAAUGAGAACAGUGUGAAUUUUUCUUUUGCUAAAACCAGCACAAAAGUUGUACCCCGAUGUGAUAAUUAGGGGUGGGAGAUUUGGCACCAUAUUUCAGGGUAUAAUAUCGUUCACGAGAUUAAAAAAUGUUGGUGAUAUUAUUGCAUACGAUACAAUAUGGCACAAUACUAAUCAGGAUACAGAGUAAUAAAGUGUUUGAUGUGUUAUUUUGUCCCAUUCUUCCAGGAUAAUACAUAAUCGUUGUCGUCACAUCUCAGUUUACUUUUCUGCCAUAUAAUAUAAAAAAUAUUUCUGUAAUAUAUGACAAAUAUGAAACGUCUUUGAGGUCAUACUGUCUGCAAACAAAUAGAAGUGAGCGAAACUUUAAAUAAAUACUAUUUUUAUUUGCAUUUUUCAUUCUGCACUAACUUUUUUUUUAUUUGGGAUUGUCUUGUUAUUAUUGUUUUUUUUUUAUUAUUUGUAAUACCAAAAUCAGAAAAUACCCGUAAUCAGAAAAAGAACCAGAAAUGUAAUACUUCGUAGAACUUGAUGUUGUGCUCUUCUGCUGUAUUUAUUUGUUUAUCUUCUUCUUUACCUGAUAAAAAUCAUGUUGGCUUUUAUAUAUGAAAUGCUGCCAAUUACCAAUACAUUAACUGAAGGACAGAAGGUUUGAUACAUGGUCUUGAUAUAUGAUAUAUGUGUGAUUGCUGCUUAGACUUCAAAGACUAGAUCAAAUAUAAAUAUAUAUAUUACAUGUGUACAGUGGGGUGGGGAGGGUAAAAGAAAGAGUGUGGAGCUAAUGCUAAAGCUAACGUGUGUUGCCUCAGAUGUAGCUAAAAUGUUGCAACAUAAAACUGGACGAGAAAAAAAAUACGUAGGACGUGGCGUUUAGAAACGGGUGAGUGAGAGCACGUGUGAUUGGUGAUUGGUGACUUGUGGUCAGGGCGAUGGGCGGAGCCAGUCAGCUUUGUUGCUUGGUUACAGUGAUUUAAAAUAAUAAUAAUAAUAAUAAAAAAAGAGCAGCAGUUGUCCUGGGAACCCGUGUAGAUCAGACACUGAAUAGAAACUAACUUAUUUGUACUGUAAAUAGCGCUUAUUUAUACACGACUACCAAAUGUGCCUUCUUUGUAACCUUUUAUAUCGAUUACCAAUUACAGUAUACAGUAAUCAAGCUUGACGUUAAUUGCCAAAUAGAGGAGAGGAGACGGAGCCACAGCUGUAGACUGUGUGAAUUAGUGUGGAAAGACAAGGGCUGGCCUGAACUGAUUUCUUUUCUGACCUUCAUUUACACCACUGUUCUGUUUAUUCUUCUGUUUUUUGAUAAUUAUAAUUUUUUACAUUUUUCACUGGAAGAAUAUUAAUCUGACCGCAGCUUCUCAGCAUCUCAGGGUCACAGCUACCCUUCCUGGUGAUUUCAGUAUUCAGUAUUCCUGUAUGCUUGUGUGUACAGCCGCCUUCUGUUUAACAGGGUUUUCCACCGUUCUUCAGUUUUGAAAUGUUCCGACUUCGAGUGUUCGAUCUGAUUUAUUUUUUUUUAUUAUUUUAUUUUUUCGUUUUUUAGAUGUCCCAGGUGAGGAUAUUGUACAUAGAAAUUAUUUUAGAAUUAAAACAGGAUUGUAAUCAUUUGUAAAUUCUUUUUUCUUGAUGUUUCUGAAGUACAGCUCGAAUUAGAUUUUUUUUUUUUUUACAUUUUUGUUACUCUUUGCCUGUAGCACUUUGUGUUUACACUCUUGCCUUUUUCCCUUCCUUUAGAAAUGGUUUAGAAAGCUAGUGUGUUUCCUGAUAGUGUGAAAGGGGUGUGUGCCCUAAUUCAGGCACUCGUGUUAAAGCUGAGCGACUGUAAGUGUAGGAAAGUCAAUAAAAAAUUUUAUAAAUAAAAGGUAUGUACUGUUGGACGGACUUUGCAGUCUCAGAUAAAUAAAGGGGGCUGCUGAUGACUGAUAGCUUUUAUUCACCUUACCAUUCAUAUGUUUUUUCCUAAGGUAUUCUGAAGAGAUACGUAUAUACAGAACUGUGCAAAAGUCUUAGGGUCUUAGGGUGUUUUCUGACCUAAAAGUCUUAGGAUCAGAUUUGGAACCGUGGUUCAUGUGUUUGUUAUGUUGUGCUGAAUUCUGUGUCUCAUCUCAACAUGAGUAUUACAGAUUCCCCUUUUAUUUCUAUUUAUAAACAGAGCCAUCAGCUGCCGGAGCCCUGAGAGAGCACAAUUGGCCUUGCUCUCUCUGGGUGGGUACAGUAGAUGGUGCUCUUUCUCCUCAUUAGUCCUAAGGUGAUGUCGAUCUGCACAGGGCUGCGUCUGUGAGCUGAUGUAUACUGUACCCUCCUGGUGUUGGGUAAUUGGCCUUGUAAAUUGGGGAGGAAAAAAUAUUUUUAAAAAUGUAAGAAAUGUUGCUGAAUGCAUUCAUUAAAAAGGCUGUUCACAAACUUUUGGAUUUAUAGCACAAUCUUUUACUUUACUUUUUUCUUUGUAAAAUUUAACUAAUAAAAAAUACUAUGCCAUAGCUUUCGUUCAGCCCACAAUUUCUAUUUAAUUAUUUGUCUAAUAAAUGUUUAAAAGUGUUUAACGUUAAAGAAUUCUCCUGUGUCCUGAGACUUUUGCACAGUGCUGUAUAUUUAUCCAGCAUGUACUGCUGACGACUGACUGCUUUCAUCCACAUCAGGCUCCUCCUCCUGUGUGUGUGUUAGGGGCCUGUGUGUGUAAGUGUGUGUGUGUGAGGGGGGGGGGGGAUAUGAUGAAGACAAUGUUAUUAGUGUAUUUAUUCAGUUCAUGUGUAAUUUAGAGAUAUCAGGGUUCGUACUAAUGUCCGGAUGGGGUGCGUGUGUGGAGGGGUUAAACCACAGCAGGACAAUAUUCUAACCCUGGAGAGAUAUGAGGGUUAUUUUCUUUUUGUUUAUUUGUUUGUUUGUUUAUUUGUUUGUUAGGCUGAAUUUGAAUGUGUUUGGCUUCUCAGUGUAGUCUUAAUUAUUCUAGACUUCUGCAUGCUUGAUUGACUGGCUGAUUUGAUUGGCUUUUUUAUUUUUCGGCCAGUAUGCUACUGGGCGCAUGGCACUUGUGCCUGUGGUUUUCCACUGGCCAGAUCUGAGUGUGUGUUUCUGAAUGUAACGUGUGUGUGUGUUAGCAAGCCCUUGUGUAUGGCGGCGAGGCGACAGCCUGCGAAAACCUCCAGAAAAACAGACUUUUCUCAGAGAGAAAAGCGAGAGACAGAGACUGAAUCCUCUUCCCGAACUGUCUGUGGAACUCGCCGUCUCGCCAAAUCCUGCAGCACUGUUCCUGAUGUUCCUCAGCGUUCCACCACAGUGACAGUAGACACGGUUCUGUACGGACUGUCUGAACGGUGUUCGUGGAGCCUUUGCCAAUUGCCAUAUUUUACAGUUUUUUGUACAAGGGGAAAAAAGGUAAUUUUUUUAAGGAACUGGGGUUAAAAAGAGCCUAGGCCUUCUGUUCUAGACUCCAGUUCUUUUUUUGUAUUUGUACUGGGUAUAGUUUGCUAACAGCUGUGUAUAUGUACCUGUAAAUACUAUGAAGAAAAAAAAAAUCAUUUUUUUUUUCUCUUUUUUUUUCAACUUGGUUAUACAUACCAUAAUGUCUCCAUUGUGGAGAAAUUGGGAGCCAAAAUGUUGUAAUGAGUGGAAUCAUGAAAUUUGUAUGAGAAAUAAAAAAAAAUAAAGUUAUAAUUUUAACAGUGAAA